AGGAGGGGAGGCGGGGUAAGUUUGGUGGGAAACUCUGUAAUUUCCUUUUUUACUUUCACAGCAAUAGUGCAGAAUCCAGAAUGGAUGUUCUCUUUGUAGCCAUCCUUGCUGUGCCACUUAUCCUAGGACAAGAAUAUGAGGAUGAAGAAAGACUGGGAGAGGAUGAAUAUUAUCAGGUGGUCUAUUAUUAUACAGUCACCCCCAGUUAUGAUGACUUUAGUGCAGAUUUCACCAUUGAUUACUCCAUAUUUGAGUCAGAGGACAGGCUGAACAGGUUGGAUAAGGACGUAACAGAAGCAGUAGGGACUACCAUUAGUCUUGAAACAGCACGUGCAGACCAUCCGAAGCCUGUAACUGUGAAACCAGUAACAACGGAACCUAGUCCAGAUCUGAAUGAUGCCGUGUCCAGUUUGCGAAGUCCUAUUCCCCUCCUCCUGUCGUGUGCCUUUGUUCAGGCAGGGAUGUAUUUCAUGUAGAAGGUGGGAGAAGGCUGCUAUGACUCUUUAGAUGGGAGUUUGGCAAGAGGAAAUUGGAAGAUAAAAUAAAUAAUAAGUGAAAUAAUCUGGUUA